AUCUGUGAGCUAAUGUCGCUGGCAGCUUCACCCACCCACAGAGCAACUUGCGACUGCGCACUCCCACGCGUCACUCCAUGUCUAUAAUAAUAAAACAUCCUUCCUCCGGCCAUCUUCCUCACAAGCGAAUUUCCUUGCACUCUGACUCCUUUUCUUUCUCGCUUAUUCCCCAACCCCAUCUUUCGCUUCUCUCCCACAAGCGAGAUCUCAUCUUGUUCGCUUAAAUCAAAUACCACCUUGUCCCUGCCCUCGUCCUCGCCCCGGCUGGCGAGGCUGGCAUUCCACUUUACCCGACAACAACAACCAAGUUCCUAGGUACUCGACAGCCAUGGACGGGGGAACAAUCACCCACGUCUUGUAUCCUCGACAGUCCCAGGGAGCCAACCGAAAUCAAGGCUCCAACUCGCUGUCGAGCAUCAUCUCCACCCUCGUCCCUACCUUGGUCAUUGCGGUCGUAGCGUUCACCGCAUUUCUUAUCGUCCGCACUCGCUAUAGUCGUGUCUAUCGACCAAGAACAGAUGACAAACUCUUGGAGAAGGGAUGGACCACCCCUCGCUCUGAUACGGGCUUCUUUGGCCUCCUGCGCAAUUACACUUCCAUGCCCGAUGCCUACGUUUUGGGUCACAAUUCUCUAGACGGCUAUCUGUGGCUCCGCCUCCUCAAGGCCCUCAUUGUUAUGAGUUUGGUGGGUUGCUGCAUCACUUGGCCAGUGUUGUUUCCUGUCAAUGCUACCGGACAUGGUGGUCAACAACAACUCGACAUUCUGAGCAUGAGCAACGUGCUCAAUCCCAACCGAUAUUACGCCCAUGCCAUCAUUGCGUGGAUAUACCUCGGAUUCAUCACCCUCUUGAUCGCACGGGAGAGGCUCAAUUUUGUUGGGCUGCGCCGCGCCUACUUUCUCUCUGCUGCGCAUGCUCAACGCCUUUCCUCACGGACCAUCUUGGUCAUGGGACUCCCCCACGACUACAUGGAGGAGAAGGCCUUGCGCCAGAUGUUCGGCCCCAGCGUUCGCAGAAUCUGGCUUCAAACAGAUUGCAAGAAGCUCGAAGACGAUGUGAAAGAGCGGCGGAAGACAGCCUUGAAAUUGGAGGGUGCAGAGAUGAAGUUGAUCAAGCAGGCCAACGCCAGUCGCCUGAAGAGUGAAAAGAAGAACAAGACCCCAGAAUCCCCCGAAACCACCGGCUUGGAGCCGAAACGCUGGAUCAAUCAGAAGAAGCGCCCUACACAUAGAUUGAAGCCCCAGCUCUGGAAGAAGGUGGAUACCAUCAACUGGUCGCGUGGGAAACUCGAGGAACUGAAUCGCUACCUCCCCGAGCAGCAGAAUGAGCACCUUGACCUCAAGCACACCAAAGUUCCUGCCGCAUUCAUCGAAUUUGAGAAUCAGACCGCUGCUCACAACGCCUACCAAUCGGUCGCACGGGAAUCCCGAACGAAAUUCUCCCCGCGAUACAUUGGUGUCCAACCCAACGAAGUGGUCUGGAAGAACUUGGGUGUCAGCUACACCUCCAGAAAGGCCAAGAUGUUGAUCGCAACCAUCGUUAUCUGGGUCAUGGUCAUCUUUUGGGCAAUCCCCGUGGCUUUCGUGGGUUCCUUGUCCAACAUCAACUACCUCACCAACAAGGUGCACUUCCUGAGUUUCAUCAAUCAUAUCCCCAAGGUCAUCUUGGGCGUUGUCACGGGUUUGCUGCCUGUAGUGCUUCUGGCGGUUUUGAUGGCUCUUGUCCCCAUAUUUUGUGGGCUCCUGGCAAAGUUUGCCGGUGAGCCUACAUUGUCGGCGAUUGAGCUCAAGGUGCAGUCUUGGUACUUUAUCUUUCAGGUGGUGCAAGUCUUCUUGAUCACGACAUUCACUUCCAGUGCUAGCGCCGUGACGACGCAGAUCAUCCAGGAUCCAGGUUCUGCACCGACUUUGCUCGCGAGGAACCUACCCAAGGCAUCCAACUUCUACAUCAGCUACUUCAUUCUCAUCGGCCUAUCGCAGGCAGCUCUACAGUUGUUGAACAUUGUGCCCUUGCUAAUGUACACUGUGGUUGGCAAAUUGUUGGACAAGACGCCGCGAAAGCGAUACAAUCGAUUCACCAACAUUGCUGGGAUGGGUUGGGGCUCAACCUAUCCUAAAUUUGUCCUCUUGGGUGUCAUUGCCAUAUCAUAUGCCUGCAUUGCACCCCUGAUCCUGGGAUUCGCCACGAUUGGAUUCUGCCUUCUCUAUCUGAUGUUCAGGUACAACUGGCUCUUUGUCCUGGGUAACAAGGUCGACAUGAAGGGCGAGGCAUAUUCUCGAGGUUUGAAACAGCUCAUGACCGGAGUGUAUCUCGCCGCUAUCUGUCUCAUUGGCCUUUUUGCCAUUGGCUGCAGCAACAGUGCCAGCAGCGCGGGUCCACUGGCGAUCAUGGUGGUGUUUUUGGUGGUUGUAAUCAUCUUCCAGGUCUUGUUCGACCGUGCGAUAGCUCCAAUGGAGCAACAUAUGCCGCUGGAGCUGCUGAACAGCAACAAGUAUAGCACGACGAUCAUGGAGCAGUUGCUCGAUGAGCAACAACUCAAGCACGGAGACAUCGAACCUGGCUCGUCGGUCCGUGGGGAUUCCGUUCCUAAAGAGACCGGCUUCUCCAAAGAGGAGAGUGUUGGUGACGCCCCGGGAUCUCAUGCUCAGUCGAAAUCUCCACCAUUCAACUUCUUGAGCCGGCGCAUUGAACCGAUGGCACUCAAAUUCUACGAAUCAAACAAGAAGAUCAUUCCCGACUCGGCGGAUUCCGAAUCGUGGAUUCCAGGAUACACGUCGGAAGAAUAUGAACAUGCGUAUCUGAACCCUGCAAUCACGGACCCGAGUCCCGUCAUCUGGCUAGCUAAGGACAAAUCGGGCGUCAGUGGGUUGAUGGUUGCCGAGAACAGGGAAGCAGAUAUCCAGAGCACCGAUGAACGAGCCGAGUUGGACGAGAAGAACAAGCUCGUCUGGAGCGAGGAGCAGGUCAAGGAGAUGCCGUUGUGGCGAAGAUUGGUCAGAUAUUGAGCUAAGGGAUUCUGCAUCCAGCGACCUGUUUGGGUGUUAUGGACGGUCAAAGGAUAGCAUCAAGGGAUAAUGGAAAAGGAACAGGAAUGGAAAAGGCUUGAGGUAAAAGCAAUCACGGUCCUUACGCACGAUUGAUAUCGUGCCUUGUUAUGAAAUACCCCCCAGGCACUGAAGGAAUAUGGUGGAAUAGCUCAGAUAGGGCUUGUCAUGGUAAUUAAUUGUUUCCUUGUAAUCUGCCGGGAAUUCUUUGCAGCUGAAUGUAUUGCGGUGAACGGUUG